AUGCCAAAGUACGGUUCCCUUGACCCGUUCGAUCCAGACAGUGGUCCCUGGCAAGAGUACCUGGAACGUGAGCAGCAAUUCUUCGCGGCAAACGAGGUGCCGGAUGCCAAGAAACACGCGGUGUUCCUCCGCUGCUGCGGGUCACGCACCUACUCGAUUCUGCGCAGCCUUCUUGCACCGAAUAAACCGACUGAGACUACGCUUGAAAACUGCCUGAAGACGCUGAGCGACCAUUUCUCGCCUAAGCCGUUGAUAGUGGUGAGUCGAUUCACGUUCAAUAGUCGCGUUCGGGAAGAGGGUGAAUCACUGAGCGAGUUCGUUGACGCCCUCAAGAAGCUCUCAGAACACUGCGAGUUCGGCACAUUUCUGAAGGACCUGCUUCGUGACCGUAUCGUAUGUGGCAUAAGGGACACGCAGAUGCAGACGCGCCUGCUAGAAGAGCCGAAUCUCACAGUCGGCACCGCGGUGUUGACUGCUCUCGCCAUUGAGUCUGUCAAGCGCGACGCGUCGGAGCUCUGCGUAAUGGAAGGGGCUGUUUCUGCGAAUGUAAAUGUGAUCAGGACGUCGGAUAAAAAACAUGUGAGCUGCUAUCGGUGCGGUGACGCCCACUACGCCACGGAAUGUCCGCACAUUCGCAAAAUUUGCAGUUACUGCAGAAAGGUCGGUCACCUAGCAAGGGUGUGUCAGUCGAGAGACGCUGGCAGCAACCACCGAGCGUCCACUCAACAGUUCAAGAAAAAUAACGCUAACAAGCAGGUUUGUGUGCCUGCAGUUGAAGACUCGCACCACAGCACACCCAAGUCAGUACAGCGCAGCGCCGUUUCUUCAUCUGACGAAGAAACUGUCUACAACAUGUGGAACUUGGUUCCAAGGCCCAGUGUUCCUGCACCUAAGCCUUUCACGGUGCAGCUGGAAGUACAGGGGCGUCCAUUCAGAAUGGAACUCGACACUGGGGCGAGUGUGUCCAUCAUUGGAAAAUCAACUUUGCCCCGUCAAUUUCCGUCGCUACCUCGUCAACCAUCCGAAGUCCAGCUCAGAAGCUACUGUGGUGACCUCAAGCCUGUGGCUGGUAAGGUGACUGUGUUAGCGAAGUACAACCACCACGUUCGAGUGCUUCCACUGCUCAUUGCUGAAGGUGAUGCCCCAUCACUUCUAGGAAGGAAUUGGAUUGAGGCACUGAACAUACCCGUGUUCAAUGUCGCUGAUGUCUGUGCUUUGAGUGAUGUCCAGCAACUAAUUGACCAACAGUCCAUAUUGUAUUCCGAUGGUCCAGGAACAUUUCAGGGCGUGUCAGUUAAGCUGUCAGUCCAAGAGGGAGCAAAGCCACGCUUCUUCAAGGCUCGUACAGUUCCGUUUGCACUAGUGGACAAUGUGUCUGAAGAGCUGUUGAGACUCCAGCGAGAACACAUCCAGGAGGCAGUCGCUUCAUCUGAAUGGACAGCACCAAUUGUGCCAGUGUUAAAGAAGGAUGGUAGCCUUCGCAUUUGUGAGGAUUACAAGGUGACGGUUAAUCCGGUUGCUGUUGUUGAUAAGUACCCAAUCCCUAAAGCAGAAGAACUGUGGGUCAGACUCUCGGGUGGAGUCAAGUUCACCAAACUUGAUCGCAAGGAUGCUUACCAGCAAUUAGUUUUGGAGCUCACUUCAAGGAAGCUCACUACCAUCAACACACCAAAGGGGCUACUCCAAUACAAGAGGCUACCUUUCGGAGUCUCAGCAGCGCCAUCCGUUUUUCAGCGAGAGAUGGAGACUCUCCUUCAGGGCCUACAUCACGUCGUGGUAUACUUUGAUGAUACCCUGGUGACUGGCACGGAUGACAAAGAUCACCUCAACAACCUUGGCAAGGUUUUCCAAGGAAUUGAAGAAAGAGGACUCAAGCUGAAGCACAGCAAGUGUAAGUCUAUAAUGGAUAGUUUGGAGUACCUCGGUCACGUCAUUGACACAUGA